CACCUGCGCUCCCACACAGUCGAGAGCCCCAACUCCAUCGUCAAGCGAGGAACAUGCGCGUUCCCGACCGACGAUCCCAACCUGGUUGCUGUCACGCCCGAUGCUGAGAAUGCUGGUUGGGCUAUGAGCCCUGACCAGCCUUGCAAGCCGGGCCACUACUGCCCCAUUGCCUGCAAGCCCGGCAUGGUGAUGGCUCAAUGGAGUCCCGAUUCUUCAUAUUCCUACCCGUCUUCCAUGGACGGAGGAUUGUACUGCGAUGAGGAUGGCGAGGUGCACAAGCCGUUCCCCAAUAAGCCCUACUGUGUUGAAGGCACUGGCGCUGUCGUAGCUGUCAACAAGUGCGGUGAACCAAUGUCGUGGUGCCAGACCGUGCUGCCUGGCAACGAGGCAAUGCUUAUCCCGACUCUUGUCGAAGACCAGGCCACGAUUGCUGUUCCGGAUACAAGCUACUGGUGUGAAACCGCAGCUCACUACUACAUCAAUCCUCCUGGAAGCUCUGUCGCCGAUUGUGUCUGGGGUGUCUCAUCUAAGCCCGUCGGCAACUGGAGCCCCUAUGUUGCUGGCGCCAACACCGAUGGCGAUGGCAACACGUUCGUCAAGCUGGGCUGGAACCCUAUCUGGCAGGAUUCUGCGCUGAAGAGCACCUUGCCCAGUUUUGGUGUCAAGAUUGAGUGCCCCGACGGCGGCUGCAACGGUUUGCCCUGCGAGAUCUCGCCCAACUCUGACGGCAGCGUCGAUAGCAAGGAGUCUGCGGUUGGCGCCGGUAAUGCUGCCUUCUGCGUUGUCACGGUUCCCAAGGGCGGCGUUGCCAACAUUGUCGCCUACAACGUUGACGGCAGCUCCGGCGGCUCUGACUCCGACUCCGACUCCGACUCUGGAUCUUCCUCGUCAGCAGCACCCAGCUCCACUGCCCACGGACUCAAGGCUGGUGGCUUUGCUGCCCUGGCCGAGAAGCCUACUUCGACCACGGCCGCGCCAUCAUCUACGGAAGUGUCCACCACUGCCGCUGCGUCCACGACCGAAGUCGCAUCAACCACUGCCGCUGCCGAGUCGACCACCACAGCUGCCGAGUCAACAGCCGCCGAGACGACCGACGCAUCGGCCACGGCCACGACCAAGGCUGCCCACUCCACCACCGGCGGCAAGGCUUCAUCAACGGCCCGCGCCCGCCCAUCUGUGAACCCCGGAAUGUUCCACGAGAACGGCACAUCGCCUCAUCAGACGACCGCAGCACCCUCAGGACCCUCUGCCACCCAGGCCGACUCUGCUCCCGUCACCACGACUACGAAGAAGGGCGAGGCUGGUCGCCAGCAAGGCAGCACAGCCUUUGCCGGCCUUAUUGUCGCCUUUGUUGCUGCGGCUUGUUUCCUUUGA